CAGUUCUCUCCUUUGUGCAGCAGAGUCUGAUCACCUUACGAACAUCUAAAAUGGCUUUCGCUCUCGCCACCUCGCGCGAGGCUCUGCAGGUCGCAUGCAAGGCGACCGGCAAGAAGGCCGCUGCUAAGCCGGCUGCCCCCAAGAGCUCUGGUAUCGAGUGGUAUGGCCCGAACCGCGCUAAGUGGCUCGGCCCCUACAGCGAGAAUGCCACCCCUGCCUACCUGACUGGCGAGUUCCCCGGUGACUACGGCUGGGACACUGCCGGCCUGUCCGCUGACCCGGAGACGUUCAAGCGCUACCGCGAGCUGGAGCUGAUCCAUGCGCGCUGGGCCAUGCUUGGCGCUCUGGGCUGCCUGACCCCCGAGCUGCUGUCCAAGAACGGCGUGCAGUUCGGUGAGGCUGUGUGGUUCAAGGCCGGCGCUCAGAUCUUCCAGGAGGGCGGCCUGGACUACCUGGGCAACCCGUCGCUGGUGCACGCUCAGAACAUCGUCGCGACGCUGGCGUGUCAGGUGAUCCUGAUGGGCCUGGUGGAGGGCUACCGUGUGAACGGCGGCCCGGCCGGCGAGGGCCUGGACCCGCUGUACCCCGGCGAGUCGUUCGACCCCCUGGGCCUGGCUGACGACCCGGACACCUUCGCCGAGCUCAAGGUCAAGGAGAUCAAGAACGGCCGCCUGGCCAUGUUCUCCAUGUUCGGCUUCUUCGUGCAGGCCAUUGUGACCGGCAAGGGGCCCAUUGAGAACCUGAACGACCAUCUGGCCAACCCGGCCGUCAACAACGCCUUCGCCUUCGCCACCAAGUUCACGCCCAGCGCGUAAUGUAUCGCUGCUAUGUUUGCUAGUCGAAGCGGUUGUCCGCAUCUGCCGGCCGCUGCUGCCUUCAGCUACGUUACGUUGUUUAGCUAUGUGAACGUAGACACAGCAUAACCAAUAAACUGACAAUACCGGUAUACGAGACGUCACAUGCAUAGCAAUUGCAGGCAGUAGUUGCCUAUCCGUCACUGUUGGGUAAAUACGCUUGGAUGCGCAACUUGCCAAAACUGUUGAGUGAUGCGUGGGAGCUUGUCAGUUAUGUCCAUCGAACCUCGUUGUCGCACUGUGGCCACCUGUGGUUUUUAUGUCGUGUUCCUGCGAUGAGUUUCCGCAUGGUGCCGUGGUGAGUGGUGAGUGGUGAGCAGCGGCGGAAGCGGUCCUGUUACGGGCCUGAAGUUUUGUUGUGGGUGUCAGCCAGCAGGAGUUUCCCACAGCACGGGUGUUGAGGUGGAGCUCUUACUUUUGGGUGGGGUAGUGGGCGGUGAGACGUGAGAUGUCAAGAGCUUCAUACAAGGCGCAUGCACGUGCUGGGUGCGUUGCGCCAAGCAAGCUCCUGUAACAUUUCGGGUGUUCAUGAAGUAAGGAAGGUGUCGGUUCCAGUGCUUGUUUCACCGCUUCUUGGGGCUGGAGCACAUACAGCCAAUUUGGUGGGCACGUACUGCAAAGGCGGCCACACAACAGGCACACAUGGGGAACACGCGUGAGACAUGAGCUAAAGGAACAUGUCAUCAUUCAGAGGGAUG